AUGGAUGCAGCAGAGUUUCUGUUUAUCUGGGUUUUCCAUGAAGUAGAGAUUCUGGUAUAUAGAGGUCAAAUAUUAACAGAAGAUAGUAAUUCUUCUGCAAUUGGGUCAAUGGAGAUGCCACACAGGAAGAAAAUGACAAAACAAUUGACUGGGAAACGAGAAACAGCCCUUUAUGUGGCUGCUGAAUAUGGUUAUGCUGAAGUGGUGGAGAUGAUGAUCAAGUACUAUGAUAUUGUAUCUGCAAGCAUCAAGCCAGGAAUGGUUAUGAUGCCUUUCACAUUGCAUCCAAGCAAGGGGACCUGGGUUCUGUUUAAAGCCCUAUCAGAGCUGUCUAUGACUGUUGAUCUAUCAAAUACCACAGCUUUGCAUUCAGCUGCAGCACAAGGCCAUAUUGAGAUGGUAAAUUUCUUCUUGGAGGAAAGUAGUAACCUAGCCACCAUAGCAAAAAGCAAUGGGAAAAUCCCCCUGCAUUCUGCGGCAAGGAAUGGGUAUUUGGAGGUAUUGAAGGCAUUUCUAAGCAAAGAACCGGAGAUUGCUGGAAGGAAUGACAAGGGGCAAACAGCACUCCAUAUGGCAGUGAAAGGACUCAAACUUGAGCUGGUGGAGGAGCUUAUCAAGACAGACCCUUCUUUGAUCAACAUGGUUUAA